CACCUUCUUUUCAAAAACCCGAACUGAAGAAAAAAAAAAACUUUCUCCCAUGGAGGCGGUGAAGGAAGAGAAAGCGAUGGAUCAGGGAGAAGAGCGGAUGGUUCCGGUGUUCACGGUGCUGAAAAACGGCGCGAUUCUCAAGAACAUCUUCGUCGUCAACAGUUCCGAUUCUCCCUCGCCGGAGAGAAACGGCGGCGAUGAUCACGAAUUGGAGGAGAUUCUGAUCGUUGGUCGGCAUCCGGACUGCAACAUCAUGCUCACGCACCCGAGCAUUAGCAGAUUCCACCUCGAAAUCCGUUCGAUUCCGUCUCGACAGAAGCUAUCCGUCACGGACUUGUCGUCUGUGCAUGGAACUUGGGUUUCGGAUCAGAAAAUUGAGGCAGGUACUUGUGUGGAGGUGAAAGAAGGUGACACGAUAAGGAUUGGUGGUUCAACCAGAAUCUAUAGGCUGCACUGGAUUCCUCUCAGGCGUGCUUAUGAUAUGGACAAUCAAUUUGUUUCCCCACUGGAUAUACAUGCAGCGAAGGAGCAAGAGGAAGAGAACAGAGUGCUCAAUGCGGAAAAUGUGGAGGUCUCGGAUGAGGACUGGAAGUUAGUGCUAGGUGAAGAUGAAGCUCCGCAACAGGAUUGGACCUCAGACGGAACUGGUUCCUCUAUCCCUAGUAAGGAUCCCGAGUCAAUUGUGAAGGAGACUUCAUCACUUCCACUUGUAGCUCCAAGUGAGUCGUCACUUGUUAGAGAUUCCUCAAAGAUGCGAGAGCAGCUGCUCCCUGAAGAUGCACAGGAUCCGCCAGAUUUUGUCAGAGAUAUCCUACAAGUUGAAGCAGAAAUUUCUAAAUAUGCUGAUAAUGAGAGCCUUCACCAAGAAGAUAACGGAGAAACUGAGGUGGUCUCAAGACAAGUCAUGGAUGUAUCCUCCGGCUUCUUUUCUGAAACUGAACAAAUCAAACCUAAAGACAACCGAGGCCCAGUCUUGGGUUGGCAGCCGCUGUCUGAGAUCCAAAGUGAAUUGGUUAAUGAGGUUGACAAUCAAAGCCCUUGUUAUGAAGACAACAGGGAAUAUGAGGUUGUGUCAAAACAAGUCAUGGCAGUAUCUGCCCCAUCCUUCACUGCUACUGAACCCUUUUCAGAAACCAAAACAGAAGUCAUCCAAAACCAGUUCUUGAGUUGGCAACCGUGGUCUGAGAUCCAGAGUGAACUGGCACCAGUGGAUGAGAAUCAGAGCCUUAACGAAGAAGGUGAUGGAGAAAUUGAUGUUGUCUCAAGGCAAGUCAUGGCUAUGUCUUCCAGUUCAUUCCUUGAAACUAAAGCUCUUUUAGAAACCAAAAAUGAAGAAACCGAGGGUCUGUCUUUGGGUUGGCAACCACUGCCUGAAAUUCAGAGUGAAUUGGCUGCACAUGCUGAUAACAAGUGCCUUAAAAAAGAAGACGAUGUCGUCUCAGGGCAAGGUGUGGCAGCAUACUCUUGUUCAUUACCGAAAACCGAACCUAUUUCAGAGACCAGAUCUAAAUACAUCGAAGACCCGAUCUUGAGUUGGCAGCCACUAUCUCAGAUCCAGAGUGAAGUAAAACCCACAGGAGAUCAGAACCGAGAAUCAGGAAUGACUGGGGAAACUGAAGAACCAUUGAAACCCAACAACUUGCUUCUGUCAAAGGGUCGUGAACAGAGUAAACCUGGGAGUUCCUUGUCAGCAACAAAUCAAAACACAAUCUUUCAACAUCGUGAAUCUGUUAUGGACAUUGCCUAUGGAGGAGGAUCUGAAGAAACUUACAAUCUAAACGGGUUAGAGAGCCACCAAAAUAAUGAAAAGACAGGUUUUAUUACUGCAACCUUGGCCGCAGAAGAAUCUGCAAGAUUUUUACAACCAGCGGAAGAUAUAUUAUCUCACAUAACUAGAGGCAAAGAAAACCAGAGACUGCGAUCACAUGCUAGAGGUGUAAUAUCUAAGACAGAGAACUUGAGGAGUUCCCCACUAGAAUCAGCAAAAAGAUCAAGUGCAUGCAACACUGGGUCUAGGAGAGGGCAAUUUGCAGCUGUUCCUCUGACCCGAACCCAGAGCAGUCAAAGAAAGGUAAAAAGAACAGGUGGUAAUUGCAAAGCUCAUUUGCUGGCAAAAGAGGCUAAAAACAACAAAUCCAUCUCAACAUCUCUUCAUAAGGAGAAUCUCACACCAAGCACCCAUAUUCAGAUAAGGUUACAGGAGAUUGGCAAUAUUGAGGAAAGCGAAAGCUCAUCUUUUCAUGCUGGGUCAGAGAAACUAGAACCAGAGAUCUUUACACCUGACAAGGAGAAUCUCACACCAAAUACUCAUAUCAUGAAAAGGUUACAGGAGAUUGGCGAUAUCAAGGAAAGCAAAAGCUCAUCCCUUCAUGCUGGUUCAGAGAAACAAGAAUCAGAAAUCUUUACACCUGACAAGGAGAAUCUCACAUCAAAUGCUUAUGCUCUGAAAACAUUACAGGAGAUUGGAGAUCCCAAGGAAAGCAAAAGCUCCUUAAAGGCCACGAGCAGACCAGCAUCAUUAAAGAUUCCUUUCAGCAACAGACACACUGCUUCAGAAGCAGUACUAGAACCUGAGAUCUUUACCCCAGAUAAGGAGAAUCUUACCCCAAACUCUCUUAUGCUAAAACGACUGCAAGAGGUUGGUAAGCUUCAAGGAAACAAGGAUUCCCCAAAGUCUAGGCGUAAACCGUUCUCGUCCAAGGUUUUUUUCAGCCCUGACAUUCAUUCGGAAGAAAACAUAGUUCCUGAGGAGAAAAAAAAUCAAAGUACAUUCAGCAUCACAAGGAGCCAAACAGAGUUGAAACAUGAGCAAGUGCUGUCAAAGAGAAAACCUGAAAGGGUUCCCUUUCAAACUUUACUUGAAAAUUCUUCUGCUGAAACCAAGCGGCAAGCUGAAUCUUCAAAUGCAGCUGCGAGAAACUUCAACAUUGGUGCCGCUCGUCCUUAUUCCAUUCUCUCUAACGGACAUAGCAAGAUGAAGUGGACAAUUGUCGUGGAUAUUUCUUCGUUCCUAGACAGGGGAUCAAGGAAGUCACUACAACUGCUACAAGGUCUCAAGGGGACACAACUGGUCAUACCCAGAACAGUGGUAAGGGAACUAGAGGAGCAGAAUCGUUCUCGCAGUCUGUUCUUCAGAAGUAACAAAAAGGCUGUUUCUUCCGCCAUUGAAUGGAUCCAAGAAUGUAUGGUUAAAACCAAGUGGUGGGUUCAUCUCCAGAGCUCAUCUGAAGAAACUGGACCGAUGGCACCGACCCCACCUGCCUCCGCAUUUCCAUAUCUGCUGCAUCGGGCUGAGCCAGAGAUUGUUUCCCCUACAUCAGAAGACAAUGUUCUUGAAUGCGCCCUUCUGUACAGGAAGAUCAACAGCGACGGACAAUUCGUCCUUCUCAGCAAUGACGUAACUCUCAAGAUCAAAGCCAUGGCUGAGGGCGUAAUGUGCGAGACAGCGGAAGAGUUUCACGAGAGUAUAGUGAAUCCGUUCUCGGAGAGAUUCAUGUGGGCAGAGAGCUCGCCGAGGGGUCAGACAUGGUGUCAUCUAGACGACAUUGUCUUGAGGGAAAGGUACAUAAACCGGAGUUUAUCGUGUAAGAAGGGAGGAGAGAGCAGUGCAGCAAAGGGCUUGAAGCUCAUAUUGCUCCACAACUCUCACUAUGGCCACAACAAAUUCAUCCCCUCCAACUAGUAGUAAGCCUCUCUCUCUCUCUAAAGCCCCUUUUUCCUUUAGGAAUUUAUCGUUUCCAUAAAUUUAGAAAAUCCUGAUCCAUUGAGAGAUUAUAUAUCAGAAUUCGAAUCUAUAAGUUCGAUUGGUUAAUGAAAUACGGUAGAGACGAUCUUCUAAUUCAACAUAUAGUUGUUGAUCUUAAACAGUGAUGAGGUGUGUUAAAUAGGCGGGUUCUUGUUA